UUUCUCGCAGAUGGGCAAAAAAAGAGUCCUGCCUCUUGCAGGGCAUCAUCCAAGACCUGAGAAAUGGGCAAGCCGGCUUCAUUCCCAGCUGCUCCGAGCUGGUGGCGAGGGGUGGAGUGAAACAACCCAGCCUCCGUCUUCCUCUCAGUGCCGUGUCUCGUGAGCUCUCGCAGCUGCCCUGCAGCUGAGUGGGUCUCACCAUGAUCCAGGAGAUGCUCACGCAGCUGCUGCCCGAGCUGGAGGUCGAUCCUCGCACCGUCUCCGCCCUGCUCUGUGCCUCGGCAGCAGCUGUCGCAGCGCUGAACUGGAUGCAGAGGAGACGGAUCCAGGAGAAGAUGGAAGAGGCCAGGAGGAUGCGGGACCUAGGCCUGCAGCGCAUGGAGAAGGCCGUUCAGCGGUUCAAGCAGCAGAACCCAGGGGCCGAUCCCAGUCGCAUCCUCUCCCUGCCGCUGGUGGAGCUGGCUGAGAAGCUGAAGGAGGGUUCCCUGUCCGCGGAGAGCGUCCUCUACACCUACGUGGACAAGGCCUUGGCGGCGACCCGGGAGCUGAACUGCGUGCGCCACCUCAUCCCCGAGUGCGAGGAGCAGCUGCAGGACCUGCAGGGGCAGAAGGAGAAGGGCUUGUUGCACGGCGUCCCCGUCAGCAUCAAGGACCACAUGAGCUACAAGGGUCACCUCUCCACCUGCGGUUUCGCCCCGUUCCUCGGCCCACCGGAGCAGGAGGACAGUGUGUUAGUCCAGGUCUUAAAGCGUCAGGGGGCCAUUCCCUUCGCGAUAACCAACGUCCCGCAGUCCCUGUUCAACUACGACUGCAGCAAUGCAAUCUUCGGCCAGACGCUGAAUCCCUGGGACCAUCGCAAGAGCCCCGGGGGCUCCUCCGGAGGGGAGGGAGCGCUGAUCGCCGCAGGGGGGUCCAUCCUGGGCUUUGGGUCCGACCUAGGAGGGAGCAUCCGCCUGCCGUCCAGCUUCUGCGGCCUCUGCGGCCUCAAACCCACGGGCAAGAGGCUCAGCCUCUCCGGAGUGACGGCCCCAGUCCCGGGGCUUCUAUCAGUGACGGGAACGAUCGGGCCCAUGGCGCGGGACGUGGACGGCCUGGCUCUGUGCAUGAGGGCGCUGCUGGGGGAAGACCUGUUCCAGCUGGACCCCACCGUGCCGCCCAUCCCCUUCAAUGAGAAGCUCUUCUGCGCUUCCACCCCACUUCGGAUCGGGUACUACGAGACCGACAGCUACUUCCUGCUCCCCCCUUGCAUGAGACGGGCCGUGCGGGAGACCAGGGAGCUUCUCCAGGAAGCCGGGCACACGCUAGUGCCCUUCGCUCCCCCGCGAGUCGACUACGUGGUCAACGAACUCUUCAUGAGAGGCGCGUUCGCCGAUGGGGGCUCCACGCUCACGGACCUGUUUGCACAAGACCUUGUGGACCCAGGCUUGAAGCCCCAGGUGAAUUGCUAUCGGAUUCCAAGUUUGGUGAAGAAAAUACUGGCGCUGUUGGUUAGGCCUCUGUUCCCACGCCUGGCCUGGCAUCUGGAUGCGCUGUGUGGAGUCAGGUCAGCCAAGGCGAUGUGGCAGCACCAAGCCUGUGUACUGGCCUACCGCACAGAGUUCAUUGCCAAAUGGAAGAAACUCCAGCUGGACGUGGUGCUGUGUCCGGUCCUGGGGCCAGCCUUCACCCUUGGCUAUCCAGGGAAGCUCCUGGCGGCCGUCUCCUCCACCAUGUUGUACAACACCUUAGACUUCCCCGCUGGGGUUGUGCCAGUGACCACAGUUACGGAGACUGAUGAAGAAGAGCUGCUACAUCACAGAGGGCACUACAAUGAUGCAUGGGACAGGAGGCUGAGAAAGGCCGUGGAAGGAGCCGUGGGGCUGCCCGUGGCCGUGCAGUGCGUGGCCCUGCCGUGGCAAGAGGAGCUGUGCCUCCGCUUCAUGAAGGAGGUGGAGACGCUGGCCUGUGAGAGGAAGAAAUGUGUGUGACUUCUUGGGGUCUGUGACUGCAAGAAAGCCAGCUGGGUUCCUCAAUGGUCAAUAAAAGAAUUACAAAGCACACCCGCCUUUCUUUGCCUUCACGGGAGCAUUCAAAUUGUUCCAACACCUUCACACACAUCUCUGUUGCGACUGUCCGUGUUGGACGUGUGGAGUAAAAGUGAACGAAUCAAUGGAGCUCAGCCACUAACCCAUCUGGAAUAGUCCCGGCAAAAACCAAGCGAGCAAAAAUAAUCCAUUCCCCUAGCACACACCAGCACAAACUCUUUGCACCAAAAUCUAGAGAUCAGUCUGUCUAAAAGACCACCUGCAUGAGAUAAAGGAUGCAGCCCAAUUCCUCUAAACACUGGUUAAAGGCUUGAGCAUGAGCCAAGCCCAGAAAGAUGGAUGUGGGGAGGUGUUUGUUCACAUGUGCAAGGUUACAUCCAAAAUGAAAGCAGAGAGACAGGAAAUGCUUUCAUCCAAGCUCAGAUCAUCCUCUGAACAGCUGGAGAACCAGGUUCCUUAGUGAGAAGAGAGACAAUGACAGCAAUAAGCUGCUUUGAAACCCUGUAUUUGAAAGGCAGCUCUCCUGAAGGAGCAGCUGGCAGGGCACUGAGCUGGGACUCAGGAGACCUUGGUUCUAUCCCCAGCUCCUCCGGUGACCUGCUGUGUGAGCCGAGGCAUGUCACUUGUGUGUGCUCUGUGACCCAGGUUUCCUCCCUGUAAAAACAGGGCUGAGGAUGUAGCCCUGGUCUGUGAGACCCUUGGGGAUUUCUGGCUAAGCCGUGCCUGCUGAGAGUUGAGCAUUGUUAGCACUCAGCAAAUCCUCUGAAGCAUCUGAAUGGGUAGGCGGCUGGACCCGAUGAUCUUGCGAGGUCCCUUCCGGCCCUAAUGUCUAUGAAAUCGAUGAAUUCAGAGCAUUUGGAGAGACCAAACUACUGGUUUCCUAGUCAAAAACACAAGUCCCACUCUCUUUCUUCAGUCAUAGCUGCUUUUUAAACCAGCAGCAGGUUGAGGAAAGAGAAGGAGUUACAAACCGUAGCGAGAUACCAGAGUCCAGUGCCCAGAAAGAGGCACAAUACAUUUCUCAAAGACUACAUCUGCAUCAUUUAGUCUCAGUGAUUGGGGCCGAGUGGCCGACUUCCUUCAGGGGGUUACGCAGCAGUUCCUCUUUCCUUGGAAACUUUAGGUAUUGCAUUAGUGCCUGUAAAAGAGCAAGAUCAUCUCUACUCAGAUGUCACUAGGUAAACCAAUGCCCCGAUCUUAACUCCCCCUGGGAGGAGCUGUCAU